AUGUUCGGGACUUCCGAGUCCUCGUCGAACACCUGGUUGGUUGGGUAGGUAGGAUUACCCAAUACUCGUUACUUUUUAUUUGCUUGUGUUGCAGAUAGUGUAUCACAUCGAUCUUUGAAAGAGUAGGUUGGAAAACGAUGAAGAAAAGUCGAAGUUUUUUCUGAAAAUAUGGCUCGAAUCAGCAGACCUCCUGCUUCGGAUCCACGCAAGAAUCACAGUGAAAAUGAACUAAAACAUAUUCAGUUAUUUGAAUAAUCAUCAACAAAUUCAAAAUUCAAUGAUAGUUGCCUAUCAUUUAGAUUUGGUAGUGAGGCUCUGUUUGGUCUUAUAAGUACUGUUAUCUCAAUAAAUGUUAAAAUUUGUCUUCCUGAAAAAUGCAGUCUUAAACUAGAUAUAAAGCAGAUCAAUAUAAAACG